CUUUCCACACAAGGUUGUGAGGUUUUCUAAGUGUAAGUACUCGUAAGACAUGGGGAAAGGGAUCUGUCUUCUUUCUUUGGCCUUACUUUUAGUCUGGUCAAAAAAAAUCAGUGGCCAAACUACCGUAGGUGACACGCCAACGUCCACUGAAGACCCCAGACCAUGUGGAGACUUUCCAUGGGGUAGCGAAGACGUCACAACAGACUGUGACUACACCUAUCGUUACGAACGCAGCGGUGACGACCUUGUGUUGCGGGGACGGUGCGCUGUCACCUGCCACAGGGAAGCAGACAUGUUGGUCGGACCUCCUUACGUUCCCGAUGUUCUACAAGUACAAGAUGGUGCCUACUACUGUAACAUGCACAACAGGACCUGGCUUGGGACGGAGCCACGUUGUUUAGAUCGGUUCAACGGUACUACCAUGGUAACGGACGAGACCAACGGGAUCCGGCUGGUGGGUGGAGAGUUCUACGGCUGUGUGGAGCUGUACGAUGACGUCACGCAGCAGUGGGGACCUGUCCGUGGAUGGUCCAAGUGGAACUGGGAAAUUUUCGUUCACAGAAUGAGUUGGGCAGACCUUGUGUGUAAAAACCUAGGUUUUCCCUCGGGACUUGCUACCGUAGCUUAUCUCCUAACCUCUGGAACACACGUCGAGUAUCUUCAAGACUUUACGUCCCAAUACGACACGUACGAUGCAUGGAACGAACUAAGCUACAUGUACCCUGCUACAGCCCCAAAGUUUAUUAUGUCUGAGCAGCUCCCUACUGCCCACAAUGCGACCCUUCACGAUGCCAUAGACCGCGUGGUGAGGGGAUCGUGUCCGCAGGGCGACUAUAGCUGUAGAGGGGAGGGGAAGACCAUGUGCCUGGCCUGCGCAGGGCAUGCAGCAGAAACAGGAAAAUUCACCAGGUCAUGCUGUCGUUUUAACAACACUACCAUAGUAACGGACGAGACCAACGGGAUCCGGCUGGUGGGGGGAGAGUUCUACGGCUGUGUGGAGCUGUUCGAUAACGUCACGCAGCACUUUUUAUACCAUGUAUACUUUUUUUAUUCGAUGAAAAUUUACCCAUCAGCCAUCAGAGCUCAAGUGACCUGCACAUCCAACUACAUCCGGGUCAGUUUUCCCCGCCCUGUGGACAACUCCAUUCAGCUGGAAGACGUCCAUCUAGCAGCGCCACCUUGCAGUGCUGAUCAGAACUCCACCCAUAUCUACAUCGAUGCCCCCCUCACGGCUUGUGGAACAAGUAGACAGGACACAGAAGAUGACAUCAUCUACAGAAACACCCUGACCAUCAACGUCAACGCUUCGAGCGUGAUUAUCACUCGUCAUCACUUCACAGAGAUCAGCGUAGAGUGUCGUCUGCCGCGCCGUAAGACCGUCACUGUCAACUUCGACCCCCAAAACUCGUCCGUGUUCCGGUCACACAUCGUCGGUAGGGGUGAAUUCAUCAUCUCCAUGGAGAUGUACCUGAGUAACAGCUUCCGGUCCACUGUGUUAGUGUAUCCACUGUCUGCGGAGUUGGGACAGAUGCUGUACGUACAGCUGAAGGGGACGUCAGGAGAUACUAACCUGCAGCUAUUCGUGGAUAGCUGUAUGGCCACGCCCACAGAGCAGCCAGACGACAGCAACGUGCUGUACCACCUCAUUAGGGACGGUUGUGACCAGGACUCUACCUUGGCUCGCUAUUGGUCACCGUCUACAAUGCAGGAACGGUUUGGUUUCCAGGCCUUCGCCUUUACCAGCGGUGCACGUACGGUGUACCUCCACUGUGACGUCCUCCUGUGUAACGCCGCGGACCCGAACUCCCGGUGCGCGCAGGGCUGCCAGGCGGGCAGGAGGAGGAGGGAGGCCGCAGACGACUCCGAUGUCUACCGGCUGAUCCAGGGUCCCAUCGUCCUGAAAGAUGAUCAAACCGUUCGUGACGGCGCUACAACAGGUCAUACUGUGAACAUGGUUUCCCUGUUCAUGGGAGCAUGCGCAGUGGUCGUCACCGCCAUGUUGAUUGGCUAGAACUGGGCAUGCUGGGAAGGCAGCAUGGUGGUCAAAGAGAGAAGGGCGAAAGUAACGUUUUGCAGUUUUUUUUAGCCUCUUUUGGUAGUUCUCACUAAAACCAUCAAGAGAUUAUGCUACAUCGUGUUGUGAGAAGGUUUAAAUCUAUGAGUUUUAUGUGGUGUAUGUACACAUGUAUGUAAUCCCGAUACAGGAACUCGUUUUGCUCAUCUUCAAGUAGAUUUGAGCACUCUAAAUACUGGGUUAACCCGUUCUUAAGAACACUUAGGUAACGUUUGUAUACAGUACUCAGUAAUGGCAAAAGUAUGUAAUAAACCUGCUAGCGUUUGUAUUGUUUAUUUGUUUCUCUAUAUAUGUUCAACGUAUUUUGCUUCCUCCUAGCGGAAAUAAUAUGAACAGCACCGGAUAAAACACGGCGUCUUAUUCUGUUACUAAACGUUUUCAGGCAUUCCGGUCUACUUGUAUCACAUUUUGUGGUUAAUUCGUUAGACCUCCGU